AGCAGUUAUGAAUACAAGUGCCGCAGACUGACGCCGGUGCACAUGCUGGUGGUGUGGUUCCACGCCACGCUACUGCAGCGCCUGGGCUCCGGCCCGCUCUGGCACAGCACGGUGGGCCGCGAUGUGGCGCGCUGCCGGGCCGGCUGGUGGAGGAACCUGCUGUUCAGCAACAACUAUGGCGACCACAACCACCAGUAUUGUUUGUUAGUUUCGUGGCACCUGGCGGUCGACACCCAGAUGUUCCUCGUGUGCUUGCCGCUAGUGUACGCCCUCUGCCGGAGGCCCUGGUUGGGACGCGCCGUCCUGGCUUCGCUCUUCGCUCUGUCUGUGCUGGUGCCAUUCCUCGUCGUCUGGAUCGGCAGGCAUGAUGCACUCGUCUUGCCCAUACUCGAGAACAUCGAAGACCUGCCCUCGUCCCGGUACAUGCAGGAGGUCUAUGUGAGGACCGAGAAUAGAGCCGCUCCUCAUUUGAUCGGCGUGGUGGCUGCCCUGGUCAUGGUGAGGUUCAGACAGUCCCACUUCAGGAUCAACAAGGCGUGGUCGCUGGCGGGCUUGGUGCUGCUGAAGGCCGCGGCGGUGGGGACCAUGCUGUGCGCCUACCCGCUCUACGCCCCGGGCUGGGAGCGCUCGCAGGCGCUGGCGGCGCUCUACGCAGCCCUCAGUCCCGUGCUCUUCGCGGCGGCGCACGCAGGCGUCGUGCUGCUGCUCUGCUUCGGCUCGCUGGGAAAUUUAAAAAAAAUUUUGACGUGGAGGCCUUUCCGGAUUCUUGGUAAGCUGACAUAUGGAGCCAAUCUAGUGCACACUCUAGCGCAAGUGUACUACAAAGGAACUUUAAGAGUUCAACUGCCUACAGAUGUGUUUACUUUCCUGUGGAUGGCGGCGGGAGACGCGGUGUUCUCGUUCGCGACGUCCUUCCUGCUGUGGCUGCUACUGGAGGCGCCCGCGCGCGCCCUGGGGGGCCUCGUGUUCGGGCAGCGCGCGGCCUCCAGGCGCCACAAGACCUCCUGAGCGGCCGUGUGAUUCUUCAACUACAUCAUUUUGUAUGCAUUUGUAUUGGAAAUAUGACACAAAAUAGCAAAAAUAAAUCACUGGAUCACCCACUCGA